AUGCACAGUGUAGCUUCGUUCUUACGGACCUUCCUUGCUUAUAUGAUCUCUAUAAACAAUGACUAUUAUAAAAUAGCUAAAGACUACACCGCGUUUAUACACACAUACAGUAUAGUACGUAUAGAAGGUACCUUCGAAGGUAGGUACGAAAGUAUGAUACCUUCGUACGAAAGUACCUUCGUACUUUCGUACACUGCACCUUCACCUACAACUCACCUACAGUGCACGUACCGUUGUACACGUACACGUACGGAAUUCGAAAAGAGGAAAGCCUUCCAGUCCCUGCGUUGUUUUACUCGACGCAUAGGGCUACCCGGUUCGCGACGCCGUCACGAUCGUGACUUCACUAAAAGUUCAAACUUCAGUGAUCGUCCUUCUACUCAUUCUUCAUAUUUUGCGUGUACAAAGCGCAUGGAAAUAACUCCCGCUCCGGACGCGACCUGCAACUCUCAAAUGUCCUCCUUGGGCGACAGCGCACGUGUCGGUAAGAAACUGAUCUGGCACACGGGCAAGGCUGCGUGGGUCUUCGGCACGUCCUUCCUCCUUCUCGUCGUACCUCUCAUCGUACAAUUGCACCGGGAAGAGCAGAUGGCUGCGGCAGAGCAGGAACAGUUAGGUGUUCUGAACUUAGGUUCCUCUUCUCUGAUGACCAACGCUGUUCCGGUGCAGUGAGUUGGGCUCUUACGAUACUCCGCGACCCUACUGCCGUUCGCGUUUGAUGAUCUUCCGAUCGCGCACACGCGAUCUAGGUUCAUGCGCAGUGAGGUGCAUAGGUUUACGUUCGUAGUAAAUCUUGAAAUCAUAUGUGACUUGGUCAGCUUAACAUCGGAAGUCUUCCGCUUGUGUACGUGCGGUCUUAUCCCGCUCGAUCGUUCGGGCUCACAGAAACUGAUCUGUUUAGUUGAAAGUAACUGGGGACUUGUCUGAGAAAGCUCAAAUCUAACGUCGCCUGGUGACGAAUACAAUGAGCGCAGAGUGCAUGGAGAUUUUAUCGUAACGGCGGAAACCGAAGACAUACGCUUGACUGCUUAUUUCGCGGUGUUACGAGGGGGAAGAGCUGUGGUUGUGGGCUGGACACCCUUCCUUCCUUCGUGAAUUCGUAUAUGGUGACCAAAUGAGCGAUGAGCAAAGCGAAGAUGAACGAUUAACAGGUGUGGUUGGAGAAUUUACGAGAAGAAGCGCGGCACAUCGUUUGCCGUUCG